CUAGUGCCCCCCAUGGAGAUUUGCGGGGAAGGAGCCCAGAAGGGCUAUGUGGGAGAGUGGAAGGGACUCCAGACUUGGAGUCACCCAGAGCUGGUUUCCCACCCUGUCUCUGCCCCUUGAUGGCUGUGUGACUGCAGGCAAGUUGUCUAACCCCUCUGAACCUAUUUCCUCAUCUAUAAAAUGAGGCCAAUAGUCCUCCCUUUCACGGUUGGCAUGGAGAUAACAGGUAUGAACAGGUCUGGCACAAAGUGCUCAAUAAAUGAUGGUUGAAUCUGAUGUACCCUUGAGAAGGUCACAGUCAUUCAUUUGGGGAUACAAGACCACCUGCCACUCCCCGUGGCAGGGCAACAGAGGCUGAGAGGCCUCAGACUAGUUGGCCCUGUGUUGGGACCUGUCCAGCUCAGUUAGGUCCUGCUGCAGGAUCAAAGGCUGCGCUGAGCUGGGAACACACAGCCCAGGAGGGAACGAACCACCAUACACGGUAUUCUCUGUACUGGCCCCACUGCAUUCCAUCUCAGCAGAGAGAGGGAGUGUUUUUUGGUUUCUAUGCAUCUAUGUGCCCAGUACUUUAAUAAAUCGUCUUAUUUAAGGCUUCCUAACAACCCUGGGAGAGAGAUGGUAUUAGUCCCAUUUCAUAGAUGAGCAAGUGAGGCCCAGAAGGCAAGUGACUUACUCAAGGUCACAGAGCAUAAAACGAGCAGAGCUGUGGCUGGCUGCAAGUCUAAGGCUCUCCAACUUUGAGCCCCGUGCUCCUUCCACUGCACCCUGCUGAGUGGUUUCCAGUCCUCAUCCGAGAACAGACCCUGACCAAACCAGGAAGCUGAUAUGCCUGGGGAAUUAGUGUCAUUGUCCGUUCCCCCACCCUCACCUGGCUACCUUGAGGUUUCACCCUCUACCUUUCCCCCCAAAGCUGGUUGGGAUGCAAACCCUUCUCUCUGCAGAAAUUUCGGAUGCCACCUGGGUUCCUCACCCAGAGGACUCUGGUCUACAGCUAUUGUACAAGUAGCUGGAAGGACCCCAGGUUCUGAGUCAGACAGAGAUGUGGAGCGGAGGAGGAGUCCAGUGUGUGGCUUCGUGACCCCCCUGCAGGGACCUGAGGCUGACGAGCACGGGAAACCUGAGGCGGUGGUCCUGGAGGGAAAUUACUGGAAGCGGCGCAUUGAGGUGGUGAUGCGCGAGUACCACAAGUGGCGCAUCUACUACAAAAAGCGGCUCCGUAAGUCCAGCAGGGAAGGGGAUCUCCUGGCCCCAAAGCAGGCGGAAGCGGGAUGGCAGCCACCAGACCGAUGGUGCGAGCAGCUCUUCUCCAGCGUGGUGCCUGUGUUGCUGGGGGGCCCGGAGGAGGAGCCCGUUGGGCGGCAGCUUCUGGACCUGGAUUGUUUCUUGUCCGACAUCUCCGACACGCUCUUCACCAUGACUCAGCCCAGCCCCACACCCCUGCAGCUGCCCCCCGAGGCCGCCUACGUCAAUAAUGCUGACAUGAUCCAGCCCGAACUGACGCCUCUGCAGCCCAGCCUGGAUGACUUAAUGGAGAUCUCAGAUUUCUUCACCAACAACCGCCUCCCACAGACGCCCACGCCUUCAGACUUCCUGGAGCCCCCCAGCGUUAGCCCCAUGGCUGACCCUCUUUUCAGCAGUGGGGUCCUGGGUGUGGAGGUACCCCCAGCCUCCUCAGGCAUGACCCACCUCUCAGGGCAUGACCGCCUGCAGGCUCGGAGCAGCUGCCCUGGUUCCGUGGACUCCAGUGCCUUCCUGGGCUCUGAUUUCCUUCUUCCUGAAGACCCCAAGCCCAAGCUCCCCCCGCUUCCCACACCCCUACCCCUCCUUCAAUACCCUGCUCCUGCCAAGGGGCCUGGCCUGGAGCCCUGUCCCCCAUCCCUCUUCCCUCCUAUGGCUCCACCGCCUACGAUGCUACAGGAAGAGCCUCUCUUCCCUCCCAGAUUCUCCUUCCCUACUGUCCCUCCCACACAGGGAGUGUCCCCACUGCCUGCUCCCACAGCAUUUCCACCCAGCCCACAGCCUGGCCCAGGCCCUGACCCUUCCCACUUCCCCAUGGACCGUCUACCCUCGGGGUAUCCAGAGACCCCAUUUGGGCCUCACUUCACAGUGCCCCAAGGCCUGCAGUCCAGAGGCAAGCCCCCCACACCAUCCCCAAGGGGGCAGAAACCCAGCUCCCCCACCUUGGCCCCUGUCACUGUUGGGGGCAAUAACCCCUGCCUCACACAGCUGCUCACAACAGCCAAGCCUGAGCCACCACUCAUGUCCAGCACGCUCCUGCGGCCCCCAGAGACCCCGGUAAGAUGGUGGGCACUGGGAGUGGGGGGGGAGCCUCCGAGCUUCACCCCAACUCUUCACCCUUCUUCACCCCAGCAGGAGAUGGUCCCUGAAUUCCCCUGCACCUUCUUUCCCCCGACCCCAGCCCCGACACCACCCCGGCCACCUCCAGGCCCAGCCACUCUGGCCUCUCCCAGGCCCCUGAUUGUCCCCAAAGCAGAGCGGCUUUCGCCCCCAGCACUCAGUGGUGGUGAGCGGCGGCUGUCUGGGGAGCUCAACUCCAUGCCAGGCUUGGGGACUCUGAGUGUCCGAGUCUCUUCCCCUCAACCCGUUCUAAACCGGAGCCGUCUGGACAAGACUGAGAACCGUCGCAUCACCCACAUCUCUGCAGAGCAGAAGCGGCGCUUCAAUAUCAAGCUGGGGUUUGACACCCUGCAUGGGCUGGUGAGCACGCUCAGUGCCCAGCCCAGCCUCAAGUGCUUCAGUGGGUCCCAGGCUGGAGGGCUCCAGCACCUGAGUCCACACUGGCGAUGCCUGCAGGUCAGCAAAGCAAUGACGCUGCAGAAGACCGCCGAGUACAUCACCAUGCUGCAGCAGGAGCGGGCGGCCUUGCAGGAGGAGGCCCAGCAGCUGCGGGACCAGAUCGAGGAGCUGAACGCUGCCAUUAACCGGUGCCAGCAGCAACUGCCAGCUACCGGGGUGCCCAUCACACACCAGCGUUUCGACCAGAUGCGAGACAUGUUUGAUGAUUAUGUCCGGACCCGCACACUGCACAACUGGAAGUUCUGGGUGUUCAGCAUCCUCAUCCGACCUCUCUUCGAGUCCUUCAACGGGAUGGUGUCCACGGCAAGCUUGGAGAGCCUCCGCCAGACCUCGCUGGCCUGGCUGGACCAGUACUGUUCCCUGCCCGCUCUCCGGCCAACUGUCCUGAACUCCCUCCGCCAGCUGAGCACAUCUACCAGUAUACUGACAGACCCAGGCUGUAUACCCGAGCAAGCCACACGGGCAGUCACAGAGGGCACCCUUGGCAAACCGUUAUAGUGCUGGCCAGACCCUGCUACUCACUCAGCUGUCCUGGAGCUACCUUCUCUGGGCGUCGGCUCCAGGGACAACUUCUGGGCACUCCCCUCCUACCCCAGGCCCUGGAUGUCCCCUUUCCUGAGAAUUAAGCAAGACCCAAGCUUCUUCCCACCUCUUGAAAGCCAGGGAGAGCUGAGUUCCAGGCCCUGCUCUACUACUGACUAACACUGUGACUUAGGGGACUCAUAAUCCCUCUUUGGACCUCCAUUUUCCAGUCUGCAAAAUGGGGGUGGGGAAUCUUCAAGCAGAAGAUGAUCCCAAGGCCUUAGCAGCUUUGUCACUUGGGGGUCUAAACUAGCAACUCAGAGAGCUUGAAGACGGAAGGGGAUAAUCCUAUUUCCCUGUCACUCUCACCUGCUCCCCCACAGGUGGGACACAGGCCUCUUUCUGAGCAGAGAAGCAGAAAAGGAGGUUCCCUCUCUUUGCCCCUUCACUGGUAACCUGGGGGUGUUUAUAGGAUAGGUCCCUGGGUGGAUGAGUCCAGGAAGUUCUCAUCCCAGGAGACAGCAGGGCAGAGGGUAGCCAAACCAGGGCAGACAUCUUGUGUGUGUGUGGAUAUGUGUGUGUGGAUUUUGUAAAAAAAAUUCUUGACCAAUAAAAACAAAAACUGUUGG